AUGUCUUUACCUGAAUCUUCAAGUGAUUUAUCUUCUAAUGAUUAUUCUUCCGAUGAUUUUGAAAAAAUAGAAUCAGAGUUAUAUGAUCAGUUACAAGAUUGUUUCUAUGAUGGAAGUAUUGAUAAUAAUAUAAUUAUUAAAACAGUUUUUGAUUUUAUAAGAUCAAAUCCUGAGAAAUAUAGAUUUGAUAUUAACUGGUGGUCUGUGAUUAAUGAUUUGAAACCUCAAUACGAAUUAGAGAUAAAAGAUGAGAUUUAUCAUCAAACAAAUAUGAAAAAUCCUAAUAUAGAGAAUAAAAAAGAUUUUAUAUUAAUCAAAGAAGAAGUUCAUGAUACUAUUUUAGGUUAUUCAUCUGUACUUGAAUAUUACAACACUGAUGAUGAGUUAAAAAAAUAUGAAGAAUCUGAUAAUUUUAAUUGUAUUGUUAAUCGUGAAGCUAUGCGACUAUAUAGAGAUUCUGAACAUCAAAAGAAAAUUUUACAGGAUAUUAAAAUUGUAUAA